AUGCACCGCAUUGGCUCGGUGGCACGUGCGGUGCGCGUCGGUAGCGCCGCAUGCCGACGAGCACAAUCGACUGCAGCUGCACCAGAGAAGAUCGAAGUGUUUAUUGACGACAAGAAAGUACUUGUAGAUCCAGGACUAACAAUUUUACAGGCAUGUGCUUUGGUAGGUGUAGACAUUGCCCGGUUCUGCUACCAUGAUCGCCUAUCAAUUGCCGGCAACUGUCGAAUGUGUCUCGUUGAGGUUGAGAAGAGCAUGAAGCCUGUAGCGUCAUGCGCAAUGCCAGUAAUGAAAGGAAUGAAGGUUAAAACCAACUCCGAAAUGGCUCGUAAGGCACGAGAAGGAGUUAUGGAAUUCCUCCUCGUUAAUCAUCCCCUCGAUUGUCCAAUUUGUGACCAGGGAGGUGAAUGUGACCUUCAAGACCAAUCCAUGGCUUUUGGAAGCGAUCGUGGUCGUCUUAUAGCCACGUAUGACGGGAAAAGAGCUGUCGAAGAUAAAAACAUCGGCCCGCUUGUGAAAACAGUAAUGACCCGUUGCAUCCAAUGCACACGUUGUGUUCGAUUUGCAAAUGAGAUCGCCGCUUUCCCCGAUUUCGGCACAACCGGAAGAGGAAAUGAUCUGCAGAUCGGUACCUAUGUCGAGAAGUUCUUUGCUUCUGAAUUGUCAGGAAAUAUUAUCGAUCUUUGCCCUGUUGGUGCCCUCACAAGCAAGCCAUACAGCUUUACUGCUCGACCAUGGGAAACUCGCAAAACAGAAAGUGUCGACGUUAUGGACGCGAUAGGGUCUAAUAUUGUGUUAUCACAUAGAACUGGCGAAUUACUUCGUGUUAUUCCAAGGAUGAAUGAUGAUGUCAACGAAGAAUGGAUUAGUGACAAGACGCGUUGGGCUAUUGAUGGGCUUAAAGUCCAGCGACUGAUGUCUCCCAUGAUGAAAGACCAGCAUGGUGUCAUGAGACAAGCCUCAUGGGAAGAAACAUUGUUCGUUGUUGCCCAACAAUUCCGUGAUACUCCUGCGGAGCUGAAAGCUGCUGUAGUCGGAGGUCUCAAUGAUGUUGAGUCGUUGGUGGCACUCAAGGAUCUUUUCAAUCGUUUCAACUGCGAAAACGUUUGCACCGAAGAAGAGUUCCCAGCAACGUCUGACUUGAGAUCGAACUAUGUAAUGAAUGACAGCAUAGUUGGUAUCGAGAAUACUGAUGCACUGCUGCUUGUCGGUACCAACCCUCGAUAUGAAGCUCCGGUUCUAAACGCCAGAAUAAGGAAGACUUACCUCAACACCGAUAUUGAAAUUGGUGUGAUUGGUACCGAUGCUGACCUGACAUAUGAUUAUGAGCAUAUUGGCAACAAUGCAAAGGCACUAGAUGAUGUUAUUGCUGGAAAGACUCCUUUCGCGAAGGGCAAGUACUUGAUUUUCCAGAAGUUUUUAUCCGCCAAAAACCCAAUGAUCAUCGUCGGUUCAGAUGCAGUUCAAGGUGCUAAGGGAGCUGAGGUGCUUGCCAAAAUUCAACAACUGGCUGAUAAAGUCCGUUCAAGUGGACCUUGUGAUAAGUCAAGAAAGGUAGUGAAUGUGUUACAUCGUUGGGCUGGACAAGUUGGUGCCUUGGAUGUUGGAUAUCAGGCAGGCACAGCAGCGCUCCGCAAGAAGCCAAUUAAGUUCCUGUAUUUGUUGGGAGCAGAUGAGGGCAAGGUCACUCGGCAGGAUCUCGACCCGUCCGCUUUUGUCGUGUACCAAGGGCAUCAUGGAGACGCCGGAGCUGAAAUGGCAGAUGUCAUUCUACCAGGAGCUGCCUACACAGAAAAAGAAGGAAUAUUCGUGAACACAGAAGGACGUGCUCAGAGGACCCUUCCAGCUGUUACUCCCCCUGGAGAAGCUCGCGUGGAUUGGAAAAUUAUUAGAGCUAUUUCGGAAGUUGCUGGAAAAACGUUACCCUAUGAUGAUCUUAAGCAGCUGCGUCACAGAAUAUCUGAGAUAGCCCCUCAUCUUUUACGACUUGGUGACAUCGAGGAAUGCAAUUAUCUCAAGCAAGGUUUGCAACUGGCCAACUCAACGCCGGGUCCCGUUGAUGUGGAUGUGACAGCGAAACAGAAAGUAUUGGCAGAUUUCUAUAUCACCAACGUGAUUUCUCGUAAUUCUGCAACGAUGGCACAAGCAAAAAGGGCUGCCCUUAAAGAUCAGGAAAACCCGUAUGUAGAAACUCCCCGACUACAUUUGCAUGCGUAG